GAGACGAGACGGGUUCCUUUCCUCGAGUUCAUCGGUCGCAUUUGCGUAAACACACUUAUCUUUAUAAAUUCAAGAUUGUGCAGUACCAGAAAUAGUCCAGAUAAAACAUCACCGUAUGGCGUUUACAGAUAAUCAGUGAACCGCGUAGUGAUAUACGUGAAAGUUACAGUGAUUGUGCGUAGGUCUAACGAUGACGGAACAAGCGAAGUUCGAAGGGAACUCUGACCCUACAUUGUCGAAUGCAGCCGUGACGCCUGGUGGAGAUGUGCCCGCCUUCAGAAAUCCGAUCCCAUCGACCUCAUUUGCAAAUAGUACUUUAGGACCCCCAAUUUUACCACCUAGGCCUGACUUGGCUGUACAGCCUUCUUACUCUAUGAACCCUGGGUAUUCUUACGGGGGGAUGAAUUCGUACGGCAUGGGUGGUAUGGGGAUGGGAGGGAUGGGAUACAGUAAUUAUGGAUAUGGGGGUUUCGGAGGUGGGUAUGGGAUGGGGGGUAUGGGAGGUAUGGGUGGAAUGUCACCUUAUGGGGGAUACAAUAGAUAUGGACCGAUGCAUGGCGAUAUUGAGAACAGAUUCAUCCAAAUGGCAGAAGAAAGCUCACGGCCUGCCUUUGAUUCAAUACAAAGUCUAGUCAAUGCAGUCGGCAGUGUUGCCAUGAUGCUUGAAAACACAUUCUUUGCCCUCACUAGCUCAUUCAGAGCCAUAUUAGGUGUAGCAGAGAACUUCGGUCGCCUAAGAUCACUGUUCGCGCAGUUUUGGUCGACGUUCGCCGUGGUGCGGUCUCUGAACUGGCUCGUACGGAAACUGAUGGUCAUGCUUGGGAUUAGGACGGAGAAUGAGUUCAAGGCAUGGGCCGAAGCAGUGGCGGCUACGCAAACCGGUACAGGCACGCCCGAGCAACGUGCCAAGGGCGCCAGCUGGCCUAUCCUCCUAUUCUUCGGAGUGAUCGCCGCCGCCCCGUACAUAGUGCUGAGAAUGCUGAGUGGCCUCACCACCAGCGUGAAUGAGAGACUAAAUGACCCAACAUCAUGGCAGAACCCACUCCGUUCCGUGGCCCAAUACGAAUUCCAAGCCACUACACCCCAGGAGCUCAGCUUCCGGAGCGGUCAGGUCAUCCUCCUCGCACCACAAUAUCUUCAGGGCCAGCUCUGGAACAGCGGCUGGCUCAUAGGCAGCACGGACAGACAGACAGCCGGGCUGGUACCCGUGAAUUAUAUUAAAGUUAUCAAGCCGGAGGAAAAAGAUGAGAAAUGUAUGGAGGAGAUGGAUAAGCAUUUUAAGCAGGAGUUGUGAUGUUACUGAUUUUUUGACUCAAAUAAAUAUUUAGAUAUUUGUUUGAGAUGAAAUAUAAUGACUAUGGCCAUAUAUACUAACGCCAUCUAGUGAAAUUCUUUUUCAAACGUCCACAACUUUGCAGAGAUAAGCAGUCUAUUAUCUUUGGUAUUAGCGUAAAUUUAAAUAACAUAUUGUAAAUCUGAAACACUUUUCGAUUAUUAUCAUUUGUCUGACGUCAUUAUUUAUCCGGGAAAACUAAUAGUAUUGUUUUAUUCCUUGUUAAUUAAAACCAUACUUAGGUCCCCUUCAUAAUAUACAAGAGUUUUCAUCUGUGAGUAACAGAAUUUUAUAAAAAGUAUUUAAACUGAAAUAAAAUUCAUGAAAUUUAUGUCGCCGUCGGAGCUUACGGAAAGACAUAAUGUCAUAAUAAUUCUAAUUUUAAUUUUAAAAGAGACAUGUAAACGUUGUAAAAACUGGUUAUUUCCUUGCAUAUAUUUUCUUCAUGUAUUUAGGGCCGAAAGUAUACAGACAGACGGCAACCCGACUGGGGACUGCACGCUAAGGGGCCCCCCCACAUCUGGGGGCCAAUUUUUGAAAUUCGAUCGUUCGAUUUCGUCAUUCGGAAAUCGGUGGAAAACGGCGAAAUGCUAAUUUUUGAAAUACUAGCGAUAGAAAUUGGGAAUCGAGUGGUAUUGACCACUCGUUUUCAAUUCUAUUAGUAGAAUUUAAAUGCCUAGUAGUGGAGAUAUUAUUGAACGAAAUACACGAAAUCGAGUAGUCGAAUUUCAAAAAUCGGCCCCCUGGCGUCUUUCGAGCGUCGGCGUCUGUC